GGUGUUAAGUGCAACUUUGAUUACCUUAACAGAUUGAACCGUUACAUAUACGGCACCAAUUCGUGUGAUAGCCAUUUUAGAAAACCUGACGCACUUUUGGGCCUAACGCAUGGAGGAGGCAUUACCCACCAGGUGGCGCACACAAAUGAUCACCGCUUCGGUAACUCCAUCAAGAGCUACAACACUGGGGAGUACUCAAAUGGAGAAAAUAACCUCGGUCAUCACGAAAAAAGGGAGAAAUAUGAAAGUUACCCUUUGGACGAAGGGGCAAAGCAGCAGAUCAUGACCAAGGAAGACUCCGUGAAAAACGCAACUGCGAGAAAGCGAAGGGAAAAGAGAGUCACGUUCAAUACGUACAACUAUGUUGAAGAGGAAGAGGCGGAAAGGGGGAAGGGGGAAUUCCUACCCCCCUCGAGUAGCAGUCAUAAUUAUCCCCUGAGUACCAACCAACAACUGGAAUUUAAAAAGUACGUGGACCUCUUUGAGAAGGAAGAAAACACCUACAUCAUGGAAACUAAAAACAAAAUCGCCAAAAUAAGCAAAUUAAUGAAUAUAUUUGUUACAAAGAUAUAUGAGCAGAAUGAGAACUUGAGCAUGAUAGAGCACGUGGUGGAGGAGAGCAUAGAGAACGUGGCCCAAGGGAAUACCUACCUGAGUAAAAUUCAAAACAAGAAAAGCAUGAACUCGCUUAUCUUCUUCGUCCUCGUGUGCACCUCCAUUUUUUUGCUCAUCUUCGAUUUGUUCCGAUAG